AUGCUGCUCUUAGUACCUGCCCCACGCGCCUUAGAUCUCGCCUUCCCAUUUGCUGUUGUUGAAGGCAAGGCCUACUCAACCGGUAAACAAAUCUUUGAGGCAGAGAAUCAAGCUGCGGUUUCCAUGGCUUGUGCGCUCAACCUCCUACAUUGUCUGGAUCGCAUGGCCAAUCAGGGAACAAUAACGGAUACCCAACUCCGUGUCUUAUUCGCCAUCACUACACAAGGCCCCAUCCACGAGCUCUGGGCCUACUGGACUGUCGUUAAAGGUGGUGUGCGCGUAUUCGAAUCGAAGCUUUGGGACAGUUGGAAUGUGCUGGUCCUGGAGCGCGCGGAGGACUUUAUAGUUAAGCUUAAUAGUGUGUGCCUUUGGGGUACAGGCCCAUUUCUGAAAACAGUGGUGGAGCCUCUGGGGAAGGUGGCAAGGAAGGCAAGGGAGGCGACAGCUUAG